CUGCUGGCCUUUCUGCAGGGGCUCUUCACCUUCUAUCACCAUGGCUAUGAGCUUGCAAAGGACUUCAGUGACUUCAAGACAGAGCUGACCAUCAGCAUCCAGAACACAAGGAAUCGUUUUGAAGGGACGAGGUCAGAGGUUGAAUCUUUGAUGAAGAAGAUGAAGGAGAAUCCCCACGAACACAAAAACAUCAGCCGUCACUUUGGGACGUCCUGGGUGAAGCAUUACUGCACAUACCAGAGGGAGUCGAAGCGGAUCACGAUGGUGCCGUUUGACCAGAAAUCCGGAGGGAAAGGGGGAGAAGAUGAAGCUGUUAUCCUCAAAUCCUGCACGCGGCGGAAAACAGACUCCAUCGAGAAGAGGUUUUGCUUUGAUGUGGAAGCUGUGGAUCGGCCUGGCGUGAUCACCAUGCAGGCGCUUUCGGAGGAGGACCGGCGGCUCUGGAUGGAGGCGAUGGAUGGCCGGGAACCGGUCUACAACUCGAACAAGGACAACCAAAGCGAAGGCACUGCCCAGCUGGAUAACAUCGGCUUCAGCAUUAUCAAGAAAUGCAUACACGCUGUCGAGACAAGAGGGAUCAAUGAGCAAGGGCUCUACCGAAUUGUUGGAGUGAACUCCAGAGUUCAAAAGCUGCUGAGUAUAUUAAUGGAUCCCAAAACAGCCACUGAAACAGAAACGGAGAUCUGUGCAGAGUGGGAGAUAAAGACCAUUACCAGUGCUCUGAAGACUUACCUGAGAAUGCUUCCAGGGCCGCUCAUGAUGUACCAGUUUCAAAGGAGCUUCAUCAAAGCAGCAAAACUGGAGAAUCAGGAGUCAAGGGUGUCAGAGAUCCACAGCCUCGUCCAUCGGCUCCCGGAGAAAAACAGGCAGAUGCUGCACUUGCUCAUGAACCACUUGGCAAAAGUUGCAAAUAAUCACAAGCAGAACCUGAUGACUGUUGCUAACCUGGGUGUGGUAUUUGGGCCAACACUGCUCCGACCUCAAGAGGAAACAGUCGCUGCCAUUAUGGACAUCAAAUUUCAGAACAUCGUGAUUGAAAUUUUAAUAGAAAACCAUGAGAAGAUAUUUAACACGGUGCCGGAGACGCCACCAUCGAACUCGCAGCUGCUGUUAUCCCGCAAGAAGAGCACGGACUCGAAGCCUCCCUCCUGCAGCGAGCGCCCGCUGACGCUCUUACACCAACGAGCAGCAAGCAGCAAGGAGAACAGGAACAGUCUGAUCAACUCCAGCCUGGAAUCCGUCAUCUCUUCAAACGUGAACAGCUUCCUCAACUCCAACAGUGUGCCCCAGCCCAGCCUCAACUCAAGUGAUCUCGAACUAGAAGUAAUUAAACCCAACAGGCCAAAUUCACUCCCUCAGAAUCCAAGCCCAACGUCACCCCUCUCACCGUCCUGGCCCAUGUUCUCUGCGCCAUCAAGUCCUAUGCCCACCUCCUCUACGUCCAGCGACUCAUCCCCCAUCAGCUCGCCGCUGCGGAAAGCCCGAGCCUUGUACGCCUGCAAAGCAGAACACGACUCGGAGCUCUCCUUCACGGCGGGCACCGUGUUCGACAACGUUCAUCCAUCACAGGAGCCUGGCUGGCUGGAAGGGACCCUCAAUGGCAAGACAGGAUUAAUCCCUGAGAACUACGUGGAGUUCCUAUAA